GCCAUACAUCUGUCGCGGUGUCGCCCUCCCUGCUUAAUAACAGACGGGUACAUCCUAGCUCCUAGUCAAAAAGCCACUCUAUUUUACUAAUGUCUCUUGUUGUUUGAAGACUCGAGGGUUGUAUAGCUAUGCGACGUACAAAAUAGUCUGCCAUUGUUUAGCACAGCUUUGCACGAGCUUGUGUUUACACCAUCACACGAGCAGCGCGUGUGAUAUUGAUUCAGUGUUAGAGCUAUUUUGGUUUCAUCAUGGCAAGCGAGGCGCUCCACAAAUUCGUUUGCCUUUGUCGAUACCUACAGGAUCCCUGCCAUGUCGCCAGAUUCCAGCAGUUUUGCGGCGUCCGCGGGACGUUUCCUAAAAAAACAGCCGAGGCUGACGCGAAGCUUGCGGUCAACGGUGCUUGCGUGGGGCAAUGUCAGGAAGACCGCGCGGCUAAUGGGGAUUCAGCACACGGACUCGCGGGCCAAAGGCUGAGAAAAAGUUUAAAUGCCGCUGGAAAUGAUGAACAGGACGAAAGUCCCGCUGAUUUUCUCAACGGACCCUCGGGGCAAGAGGCUGAGAGAGACUCCAAAGGCAGAGUGAAGCCUUUACGCAGGAACUCAUUGACUGGUGAGGUUGGCCAGGAGUUCAUCAUCGAGAACAAGUUUCUCUUCUAUCUCUUCACCAUUGGUACCGAGCUGGGCAAUGAGAUGUUUUUCAUCGUGUUCUUCCCUUUCUUGAUGUGGAACGUCGAUCCCUAUGUGAGCCGGCAGCUCAUCGUGGUGUGGGCUUGGGUGCUGUUCUUCGGCCAGUCCACUAAAGAUCUGAUCCGGUGGACCCGUCCUGCCUCUCCUCCUGUGAUUAAAGUGGAGGUGUUCUACAACACGGAGUACAGCAUGCCCUCCACACAUGCCAUGACCGGCACCGCGAUGCCCUUCUGUCUGUUCAUGCUCACAUGCAGUCGCUGGGAGUACCCUUUCAUGAUUGGAUUGAGUGCAGCUCUGUUCUGGAGUGUCCUCGUGUGCAUCAGCAGGGUUUAUAUGGGCAUGCACUCUGUCCUGGAGGUGAUCAUAGGCUUCCUCUACAGUGUGCUCAUCUUGGCGGUCCUUCACCCCAUGCUGGCUGACAUCGACAUGUUCUACCUGUCCCACAGCUAUGCCCCUCUGGUUGUCCUGCUUGUGCAUGUGGGCUUCAGCUUGGUGGCUUUCUCGUUGGACUCAUGGAGCACCUCCCGCGGCGACACGGCCCAGGCUUUGGCCACAGCUGCCGGAGCCGCGUUGGCAUGCCGUCUGAACCACCAACUGGGUCUGCAGCCAGAUCCUCCUGAAGAAGCUCUACCGCUCACCCUGCCACUGAUCGACGGGGCCCUAUUGACCCGCUCAAUCAUGCGGCUCCUGGUGGGAGUGGCGGUGCUUCUGGCCGUCAGGGCUGCCAUGAAGGUAGUGGCGAUUCCGUUGGCGUGCAAGAUCUUCGGCGUGCCUUCGGAUGACGUGAGGAAGGCUAGACAACACGCGCAAGUGGAACUCGCGUAUCGGUUUAUUGUCUACGGCACAGUGGCCUACUGCUGUGCAUUCCUAGUUCCACUUCUCUUUAGCUUCCUUGGCUUAUCCUGAAGAAAUCCCCCCUGUUAUUAUCCCUUUUUUUUAUCCUAGCUAAAACCUAUACAUUUCCUGGACUAGUCAGGGUCCACAGUUGUAGUCAAAACCGACAAACUUGGAAAAGCCUUUUGGGUGCAAACAUGUAUGAUGUUCAUGAUGUUGAUAAUUUCACUAGCUCCAUUUCCAUGCUAAUUUAUUUGUUAGAUUUUAUUAAUCUGAUAAAUUUAAGCAGGGUUUUUAGGCACAUUUGUUGCCAUCUGUGGGAGAUCAGUCCGCUGUUUUUCAUGAAAGUGAGUGCAUGUGAUCAUCAGAGGACCUGUUCAAAGCUCAGUGAUGUUUAAAGCCAUUCUCAGAUGUUUCCUGCAUUUGUCUUCAUUGGUUUCUCCUCAGCAGACUGACACCCACCCAUCCUGAACCCAAUACGCAGGAAUGUUUCUCGCUAUAUACAGACUUUGUCUUAAGUCUACAGUCCUUUUCAUCUGUUUUCAGUCUUCGGAAAUGAACUAACCUGAGCGACCACCCUUGUCAGACAUUUGUAUCCAUGGUUUUCCAAAGGGCUCGCUCUCAUAACAAUUUGUAAUUUUUCAUUUAUCCCAGGGCUUGUUUCUUCUCCUGUGAAGAAAUGCUGUGACCCAAUGGUUCAUUCAACGGUUUAGGAAAGACACUCCAAAUUCUGAGAGUUGUAGAAAGUUCUGUUCUUAUCUAAAAACGGGUUGAACUCAGGCCUCACAAUAAGCGGUAAUGCAUUGAGAGAAUGAGGGGAGGGAACUUCCUGUCAGUAUGAAUGCUGUAUACAUGAACUUCCUGUGGAUGUGUUGCUCUGAAACCCAAGCCUAGAAGAGACCGCUCUGAAUAUGAAUGCCAUUGUCAAUAUAUUAUCAAUACACAUCUGAUAAGUAUUACUACAGUGAGAUUAUUUACGCAGUGAGUGAAUAGCUCAGUACUCUCAAGAAAAUUGUACUAUUUUAAUUUAAACAAAUAAUUACAAGUAGAUUUUGUAACAUU